AUGGCGUCGGCGCUUGCUGCGCUGAGCGCCAGCGCGCCCGAGCUCGCGGCACACAUUCGCACCGUCGCGGCUGAGCGCCUGACGCGCUUGUCCGUGGAGCUGUGGAUGGCACUGCUGCCGGUCGCGUCCUACUGGUUUGUCGCGAUCGUGUACGACAUCCUGGACCACCUGCAGCUGCCCUGGACCGAGCGCCACCGCAUCCGCAGCGACGCAGAACGCCAGAAGCGCAACAGCCGCUCACGCAGCCACGUCAUUCUGCGCGUGCUAGUGCAGCACAUGAUCCAGCUGACGGUCAGCAUAGGCAUGGUGUUUGUCGAGCCGGACAUGUGCGACGCGCGGCGGUGGCGCGGCUGGCUGAGCGGCGUGCCCAGGUUCCUGCUGGGCAUGUUUGUCAUGGACGCGUGGCAGUACUUCAUCCACCGCGGCGUGCACGAGUCCAAGCUGCUGUACAACACCGUGCACAGCCACCACCACCGUCUGCUGGUCUGCUACUCGUACGGCGCACUGUACAACCACCCGCUGGAGGCGCUGCUGCUCGACACGCUGGGCGGCGUGGUCAGCUUGUACGGCGCGGGCCUGUCGUGUGGCGGUGCGGCGGCGCUUUGGACGCUGGGGUCAGUCAAGACUGUGCUGGACCACUGCGGCUAUGUGUGGCCUGUCAACUUCUUGUCCCCCUUCUUCCCCAACAACGCUCUGUACCACGACGUGCACCAUGACCCCCGCGGCUUCCGCAAGAACUACAGCCAGCCCUUCUUCACAUUCUGGGACAAGCUGCUGGGCACUUACAUGGACCCCGCCGAGAUCCACAACGGGCGCUUCAGCCCAGCAAAGGGCGAGGCCGCUGGGGAGGCAGAGGGGGACGCCGCCGCAACCAAAAAGGGCAGCCGGCGAGAGAAGAAGCUGGCCUGA